AUAAUUAGUUAGUUAUUUACCAAUGAAGAACGACUCUUUCUCUCGCUUCGCCUCCAAGAUCGACGACCUGUUCCGGCUGCUUGCUGCAGAGACGAUCGAAUUAUCAGAUGUUGCAGCGAGAUCUUCGCCUGAGGUACCGCAGAAAGAAUUAAAAGAUAUUAAAGCGAUUCUGAAGAAUAUCAAAGGGCUGCUGUAUGAUUCGGGGCGCCAGAUCAGGGAAGAUGCUAUCAAACUGCGGCUGAAGGAGUUCCAAGAUUUGGUCAUCGAGGUUGAAGAUUUUGUGGACGAUUAUCAAUACAAGAAGUUCCAACGCGAAGCAGAGUUUAGAAGCCUUCAUGGGGCGACGUCGGAUAGUGUAGACGAUCUUCCACGCUCGAGGGCCCUGUCCGGAAGGCGAUUAUUGGAGAGAAACCGGAGAAACCGCGCAUCUUCUCAUCGUAAAAAACCUGUCGCAACGGAGGGGAGCCUUGGCGGAGUGACAAUGCGGCGUACAACACAUUCUCCGCCGCUCUAUAUCGACGGGGAAAGACCGUGUACAAUAGAUCCGGAUCCGGUACGUCAAUCUCAGAUUGACGAGAGCUUUGUGAAUCAGGCUGAGAGCUUCGGUUCCGCUUUCCUGCCCUGGAUUUACGGGAGUUCCGAUUCCUCUUUCGUCCCGAGUCUCCGGACUGACGGGAACUUCGUGAACCAGGUUUUGGUGCACUGGACUGCCCAUUUAAAUAAACCUGUUGAAAUCGAGGUUCCACUCAAUAUUGUGGUCAGGAUUGAAGUGAUGAAACGCACUAUUGAUGAUCUCCUCGCACAACGCCAGAAGGCCCAGAAAUGCUCGAGCCACCUGCUGCUAAUUUCGCAAGAGAAACAAGAUCCUAAGAAGUUGCAAAGGGUAGCAGAGUUUCUUCUUGCAGAGUCUCUAAAAUCAGACCAAGAUUUGAGCUACUUGCCUGAGGAUAGCAUCCGUGGAAGCAAGCAAUACCAAGCUCAUGAUGUAACUAAAGAAAUCUAUGGGAGGAACAGUGACCGGGAGCAUAUCAUUAGCUGGCUACUACUCGGUACAAAUUCCAGAUUUUCUCUUUUUGAGGAUGAACGCAGUAGAAAUAAGUUCUCUGCUAUUUCGAUAGUCGGCGAGGCAGGUGUUGGAAAAACAGCACUAGCUAAGGAAGUAUACAAUGAUCCCCUCGUAUGCAAAUACUUCAACUCAAGAGUCUGGCUUCACUUCACUGAGGAAUCUGAUGCUGUAAGCUUUUCAAAAGCAUUUUUUGUCUCUAUAACUGGAAAGUCAUGUGAUGGCAAAGAACCGGUUCAUCUUCAAAGUGUUAUGAAGGAAGAACUAAAGGGAAAAAAGCUUUUGCUCGUGCUGGAUGAUCUUCAGGACCUGAAUCUGAGACUGUGGGAAUACUUGCAAGCUCCCUUAGCUGGUGUCAGAAUGGCCAAGUUUAUAAUUACUUCCCGGACUGAGCUAGAAGCUAGCAAAUUAAGAGGAAUCGAAUCUUAUCCAUUGGGUUGCUUGCCUCUAGAUCUGUCAUGGGAUUUAUUCCAGCACUGUGCAUUUCGUGAAGAUUCCAGUCACCCACCUGAGCUCAUUGAAAUUGGAAAACAUAUUGUUCAAAAGUGUUGGGGAUUGCCUCUAGCUGUGAAAACUCUUGGAAGCCUUCUUGGCUAUCAAAUGGAUAGGCAGAUAUGGAGAGGUGUUUUGGAGAGUGAAUUGUGGGAAUUACAAGAAACUGAGACUGACAUUUCUCCAGCUCUUCAGUUGAGCUACUAUCUAUUGCCCACUUAUUUGAAACCGUGUUUCCUCUACUGUUCUCUGUUUCCUAGGGGAUAUAAGUUUGACAAAUACGAGUUAGUCAGAUUGUGGAUGGCACAAGGUUACAUUCAGCAUGAGGAUGAGGACUAUCAAAGUCUGGAAACCGUUGGUUGUAAUUACUUCCAUGAGUUGCAGAUGUUAACAAUUUUUGACAGAUCAUGGGAUGGGACAUUCACAAUCCAUGACUUGCUAUAUGAUGUAUCGAAGUAUAUGUCAAAUGGAGAAUGCUCUUCCUUGCCAAAUGUGAAGAUGUAUAAGGACUCAGGUAAAAUCCAUCAAUUAUACGUGACAAGUAGCAAGGGGACAAAUGAACUCCAGUCUUCUAAUGCAAACUUGACAUUGCAAUCAUUAUAUAAAAGUUUAGGUGCUUUCCCACCUAAUGAUAUUUUAACUAUGGCAUUGAUUGAGUCCGUGCAAGGCAUUCGGGCCUUGGAGUUGACAUGUCAUGGAGAUUCUUCAAUAGCUGAAACAACUCAAGAGGAGGCAUUGAAUGAAGUUAAUGCAUCUUCAGUAUCAAACCUAAGAUUCAUUCACCUGCGAUAUCUUCGAAUUUGUGAUAGAUUUAUUGAAGUCCUUCCUGCAGCUGUGUGCGAGCUUUACAACCUCCAGACACUGAACUUGGACAAAUGUUUAAAGUUAAGAGAACUGCCAAGUGACAUAGGCAAGCUUGUUAACCUACGGUAUCUUGGACUUUCUGAAGCAAACAUUGAAAAGUUGCCGAAAUCUGUUUAUCAAUUGCAAAAGCUUCAAUCCUUGAAAGUUGAUUAUUGCAGAAAUCUGAAGGAGCUACCCUACAACAUUGGCAAUCUUGUCAAUCUUUGCCAUCUCGGGCUUUCUGGAACAUCUAUCAAAAGGUUGCCUAGAUCUGUACAUCGCCUAUCCAAACUGUCAACACUAAAAUUGGACCAAUGCAAAAUCCUAAUGGAGUUACCCAGUUCCAUAGGAAACCUUGUGAACCUUAGACAUGUUACAGCUUGUAGGACAAAAAUCACAAAACUACCUGAGUCCAUCUGUUCAUUGUUCAACCUACUCACUUUAGAUUUGGCUUACAGCAAUCUUUCAGAGUUACCCAAUGACAUAGGUAACCUCUCCAACUUGAAUUACCUUGCACUUUCAUAUACAAAUAUUUCUAUUCUUCCAGAGUCUUUAUGUUACUUGUCUAGACUUUGUACAUUGAAGUUGAAUGGUUGCACAAAUCUUUCUCAAUUACCGAGUGGUAUUGGAGCCUUGAAAACAUUAAGCCACCUGGUAGUUUCUGGCAUCAAUAUUGAACAGUUGCCUGAAUCUGUAUGCCAAUUGUUGAACCUGGAAGUUCUUGUGAUGGAUGGCUGCAGAAGAUUUUUCAGUUUACCAGAUGGCAUUGGCUAUCUUACUAAACUGCAUCAACUUAAGCUCUCGGAUACAGAAAUACAAGAGUUACCUGAAUCUAUAGGUCAGCUAUCUAACCUGCAAAAUCUGGAUCUGAAUGGCUGCCAAAGGCUCUCUAAGUUACCUGAGAGUAUUGGAUAUCUUUCAGAACUUAGUAAUCUAGAAGUCACGGAGACAAAAAUCAAGACAUUGCCUGCAUCAUUCUGUCAGCUUUCUAAUCUGAAAGUGCUAAAUCUGAAUGGUAAUUUGGAUCUUCAAGAGUUGCCCAGUGGCAUUGAAAACCUUGCUAAUUUGUGUCAACUUGAACUUUCUGAAGUUGGCAUUGAGGUACUUCCUAGAUGCAUUGUCAGAUUGACUAACCUAGAGAAGUUGACUUUUGAGCACAAGAAGAAACCGUUUGAGAAUUAUCAGUUAUAAGCUUACUAAAGAAGACACUCUAACUGUUGUGUUCUUACCACUUGCAGUCUUGGUGCAGUAGUUAAAUGGAGCUCCAGUUCAGCUGAUAACUCAAACCAAAAAAGAAGGUUAGCUGAGUUAGAUUCACUUGUUGUGCAAGGUUCAACUAAAUCAUUUCUGCAGUUUCAUUUCAUUCAUUACUUCCAAUCCUUUCCACCAAGAGCAAUCUAACAAACUAUUUAAUGCACCCCCACCCCCACAUGGUUAGUUCCUCAAUAGCUUCAAGCUCUCAAUUGAAGGGGAGGUGCACAUGACCCUGUCCCAAAACCUCCCCUUUCUCGAUCUUCAAUUUAAUUCCUGGUCCACCCAAAUCCAAUCCCCUGACCUUUCCCUUUCCCCUGGCAUCAAGACAAGAUUUGCAGGAUAAAGCCCACAUGCACCGAAAUCUCUCCUCACCAGCAUUGAAUUCAUGCAGUUUGUGUACAAGAAUUGAUCCCUCGGCACGCCACUGCAUGUUAGGUGAACUCAUGGAGGGCACUGAUUUGAUGCUUGGCACCUCGCUGCUCCAAAAGCCCAUGAAGACUGUAAAUGUCGAGCCAGGCUUGGCUGGAACUUGCACAGUCACGUAGAGAAGAAGAAAGAGGCAUUGGUUGUCAUCUGAUGAGACUCAAUCCAGCCAAACUGAGGAGAAUUAGAUUGUGAAUGAGCCGAGCUCAACUAAAUUUUACGUUGUUCAAAUUUAUUUAAAAAGAUAAGUGAGCCAAGUCAAGUCGAAAUUAAAAUGAAUCAAGUUGUUGAAACGACUCUUUAAGCUUUACUUAAUUUCUUUUUUAUGAUCUUGAGCUUGGUUUGUUUAGAUAUCAUUGAAGUCUCAAUUAUAGAUUGUUUGAAACUUUUAUACUUUUAAA